AUGUCCAUAAUAUUUUUUUCAGCAGAGCCAGAGGAGCCAGAACAACAAGAAGAACCAGAAGAACCAGAUAAACCAGAGUACAGGAUUGUGCUUCUUGGGAAAACUGCAGUUGGAAAGAACAAAAUUGGAAAUGCUAUUUUGGGAAAUGUGAAUGCUUUUGAGUCAACAACAUCGUCAGAGUUUCAGAAGGAAACACAAGAGUUUGGGGGUCAAAUCCUGACUGUAGUUCUUACUCCAGAUCUGUUUGAGAACAGACUGACUGAUGUGGAUAUGAGGAGGGAAAUCCACAGAUGCAUCUGCUUUGCUGCUCCUGGUCCACAUGUGUUCCUGGUUGUGUUUCAGGCUGGCAGCUUCACAGAAGAAGAUCAUGAAAUUGUGAGAAAAAUUCAGCAGAUGUUUGGAGAAGAAACAGCAGGUUAUAGUAUGGUCUUGUUCAACUGUGGAGAUGAUCUAGAGGCAGCGAGUGUUACCAUAGAUGAAUCUAUUCGCAAUAAUCCAGCUCUAGGUAACUUCCUCCAUCAGUGUGGAGGAGGAUAUCAUGUGUUUAACAACAGAAACAGUGAUUGCUGUCAGGUCACAGAAUUACUGACGAAGAUCAACAACAUGGUUCAGAGAAACGGAGGAAGCUGCUACACCAGUGAAAUAUUCAGACAGGCUGACUUCAGGAUUGUGCUUGUUGGGAAAACUGGUGUUGGAAAGAGUGCAGCAGGAAACACAAUCCUAGGAGAAAGAGUAUUUAGAUCUACACCAUCUUCUGCCACAGCAACAGAAAAGUGUCAGAUGAACACAGGUCAGUUUGAUGGUCAGAUCCUGGCUGUAGUCGAUACUCCAGGUCUGUUUGACACCCAUAAAACUGAAGAAGAGAUAAAGGCAGAGAUCAGUAGAUCCAUCCCUUUUGCUGCUCCUGGUCCUCAUGUGUUCCUGAUUGUGAUCGCGUUAAACAGAUUCACAGAAGAAGAACAAAAGACAGUCAGAAUAAUUCAGAAUGUGUUUGGAAAAGAAGCAGCACGUUACACUAUGGUCCUAUUCACCCAUGGAGACAAUCUGGAGGCUGAUGAAGUCAGCAUAGAAGAAGUAAUAAGUGGAAAUCCAGCUCUCGUUGACAUCAUCAGGCAUUGUGGAGGAGGAUAUCAUGUGUUUAACAACAGAAGCAAAGAUUCUGCUCAGGUCAGAGAGCUGCUGGAGAAGAUCAACAACAUGGUUCAGACAAAUGGAGGAAGAUACUACACCAAUGAAAUGUUCAAAGAGGCUGAGAGCGCAUUUAAAAAAUUGGAACCAGACCUCAGAAUUGUUCUUGUGGGAAAAACCAGAGCUGGGAAGAGUGCAGCAGGAAACACCAUCUUAGAGGCAGAUGUAUUUAGAUCAACAUCAUCGUCUUCCGCAGUGACAUUAGAGUGUCAGAAGGAAGCAGCUCUAUUUGAUUUUCAAAAACUGGCUGUGGUUGAUACUCCAGGUCUGUUUGACACAGAACUAACUGCACAGAAGGUGAAGAAAGAGGUUGCUAGAUUCAUCUCGUUUGCUGCUCCUGGUCCUCACGUGUUUCUGGUUGUGGUCCAUCCAGAAGUAUUUAAAAAGGAAGAACAAGAAAUUGUGAAAAUCCUUCAGAAGGUGUUUGGAAAGGAAGCAGCGUGUUACACCAUGGUGUUGUUCACACAUGCAGAUGAUCUGAUGGGCUCCAUAAAAGAAAUCAUUAACAAUAAUUCAGCUCUGUGUAACUUAGUCCGUCAGUGUGGAGAAAGAUAUCAUGUUUUUAACAACAGAAGUAGAGAUCCUGCUCAGGUCAGAGAGCUGCUGGAGAAGAUCAACACCAUGGUUAAGAAAAAUAGAGGAAGAUACCACACCUAUGAGAUGUUUGAGAAGGCAGAGAGCGCUAUAAAGAAAGAAAUGGAACGACUAAUAAAGGAAGGAAAUGUGACACCCGAAGAAGCAAGAUACAGAGCAGAAAGAAAUAAUAAGUUUAUUCAAGACAGAAUGAUUGCUAUUUUUAUAGGAACUGUUCUUGGACUGGGUGUUGGAGUUGGUACUGGACUGGGUAUUGAAGCUACUGUUGGAGCUACAAUUGGACUUGUAGGGGGUCCAGUAGGAGCUGCAGUGGGAGCUGCAGCGGGAACUGCAGUAGGAGCUGUAGUGUAUUUGGCUGCUGCUAAAAAGAUAAAGAGGGCUUGUGCUCUGCAGUGA